AUGUCAACAAAGCAUUUGCGACGGUUGAUUGAGGAGAAAGAGCAAGAGCAGGCAAAGGAUCUUUCAGAGGAAGUUGAGGAUGCAGUGCAACAGCGAACUGGGCCUGUAAACCGCUUCGCUGCUUUUAUGACGAAGGAACUGCUGAUAGAUCUGAAGGAAAACCGCUCGUUAACAUCGGCUGCUGAGGACCAGGAACCAUUGGGAGUUGAUCAACUCAUCAAGCCUGAUCCUAGACUCUUUGACGCAGCUGCAGAGCUCAAAAGAGCGCUCGGGAAGAGUUUCAAGAUGGAGGCAUCAGCAUCGAGUUCAAAUCGUUCUCAUCGCAAAGCUGGUGGCGGUGGGAAACUUGUCAAGCAAAAGAACACAUGGCCACCGAUCAGAAGCAUAGGUUUGUCCAUGGAAGUUGAUCGAGAGGAAGGUCAAGAAAAGUGGUUCAAGUUCGUGCAUAAUGCACAUUACGAGCAGCUUGAGAGGAUAAUUGAAGAAAUACUCACUCACAAUCCAUUUCACUUGAAUUCACUACUUCUGCUAGCAAACAUUUUUCGCAUGCAGGAAGACAUCACUCAAUCGUGUGAUUUAAUAGAGCGGGGUAUUUUUUAUUGCGAACAAGCAAUGGCAAGCACGUUCCAUCCGAGUUCAUUUUAUCACCGUAUAGACUACUUGGACUACGAGAACCGAGCAUUUUAUCUGUUGUUACAUCGACAUAUGAUGAAUUGCAUUCAUAAACGAUGCUUUGAAACGGCACUCAACUAUGCGAAACUGAUAUUGACCAUGGAUCCCCAAAAUCCGCUCGCUAUUCUGCUUGUUGUUGAUUCAAUUGCCAUCAAAGCGAAGCAGUACAAGUGGUUGAAGGAUUUGUAUCGAUGCUGCAAGGAGUGGAAAAAUUUGGACAAGUUGCCCAAUUUCUGCUACUCAAUGGCGUUAGCACAGUUCUUGGAUUCGAAAUCUGAUGAAGAUUACGAGCUUGCCGACAUAAUGCUUUCCGAGGCAUUGUGCGCUUUCCCAGGAGUCGUGGCGGUGCUGCUGGAUAAACUCCAGAUAGAGCCGGAUCCACUUGUGGAAACCCAUAAGCAUUUAGGGACAUUUGCUCUUAACAAGGAAUCCGACGGCUUGAAGUUGGUCUACAAGAUCUAUGUCGGUGAAGUGGCUGAGCUAUGGAAGAAGCCGGAAACAUUGUCGUGGUUGGAGCAUACCACAAGGGAAUGCGCCCAGAAUGAGAACUACCUGAAAGAAAUGGACGCGUGGAAAGAA